GUGGUGCAGUGCACGCAGUACAGUUGGUACUUUACCGGGAAGGAAAGUCACUGCGACUGCGAAUCGAUCAACGUUUCUGAAUUCCUCUCUUCAUCGGAGACGGAGAGAGAUGUGGGUGUUCUACCUGAUCUCGCUGCCCCUCACAAUGGGGAUGGUGGUUCUCACGCUCAGGUACUUCGCCGGCCCUGACGUCCCUCUCUACGUCCUCUUCACCGUUGGAUACACCUGGUUCUCUUCCCUCUCCAUCAUCAUCCUCGUCCCUGCUGACAUUUGGGCGACAAUAUCUUCCCAGCUUGAGAAUGGAGGCAUUUCUUUCCUUUGGAGCUGGUCUUAUUGGAGUACGUUUUUGCUUACUUGGGCGGUCGUGCCUCUUAUUCAGGGUUUUGAAGAUGCUGGGGACUUCACUGUAUCAGAAAGACUGAAGACUAGUGUACAUGUUAACUUAGUCUUCUAUCUAAUUUUGGGGUUCAUUGGCCUUUGUGGACUUAUUCUACUCAUUAUGAUGCACAAGAGCUGGAGUGGAAGUAUUUUGGGAUUAGCCAUGGCUUGUUCGAAUACUUUUGGACUUGUUACUGGUGCAUUUCUUCUUGGCUUCGGUUUAAGUGAAAUUCCCAAAGGUGUUUGGAGAAAUUCUGACUGGACCACCCGCCAGAAAGUCCUUUCCCACAAAAUUGCUAAAAUGGCUGUCAAACUUGACGAUGCACAUCAUGAACUUUCGAAUGCUAUUGUUGUUGCUCAAGCCACAUCAAGGCAGAUGUCCAAGCGCGAUCCACUGAGACCAUACAUGGAUGUAGUUGAUAAAAUGCUAACUCAAAUGUUUAGGGAAGACCCAUCCUUCAAACCACAAGGUGGCCAAUUUGGGGGAAGUGAUAUGGACUAUGAUACUGAUGAGAAGUCAAUGGCAACACUAAGACGUCAUCUUCGAGGAGCUGCUGAGGAGUACUACAGGUAUAAAAGUGAGUAUAUGACUUACGUACUAGAAGCCCUUGAAUUGGAAGAUACGACAAAGAAUUAUGAACGCCGCAACUCAACUGGAUGGAAAUAUAUUUCCAGCAUCAAGCCUGCUCGACCUGGAAAGUUAGGUUCUUUAUUUGACACUUUAGAAUUUUUCUGGCGGUGCAUUUUAAGAAAACAAGUCCAGAAAGGCUUGGCUGUUAUACUUGGUAUCAUGUCGGUUGCAAUCCUUUUAGCCGAGGCAACUCUUCUACCUAGUGUUGAUCUUUCACUUUUCUCAAUUCUGAUAAAAUCUGUGGGAACAAGGGAGGUGCUUGUGCAGGCGUUUGCUUUUGUUCCUCUCAUGUACAUGUGCAUCUGCACAUACUACUCCUUGUUCAAAAUUGGAAUGCUGAUGUUUUACUCGUUCACACCCAGACGGACCAGCUCAGUUAGCUUGCUUAUGAUUUGCGCUAUGAUUGCUCGUUAUGCUCCCGCUAUCUCAUACAACUUUCUCAAUCUCAUUCGCCUUGAUUCCCAUAAAACAACUAUAUUUGAACAGCGAAUGGGGAACAUUGACAAUGCUGUCCCUUUCUUUGGUGAUAAAUUUAACAAAAUCUAUCCACUUAUUAUGUGCAUAUAUACCAUUUUGGUUGCAAGCAACUUCUUUGACAGGGUAUUUGAUUUUCUGGGGAGUUGGAAGAGAUAUAUUUUCCAAACUGAAGCAGAAGAUAUGGAUGGUUUCGAUCCAUCAGGAUUAAUCAUCUUGCAAAAAGAACGUUGUUGGCUUGAACAAGGACGUGAAGUUGGCGAGCAAGUUGUUCCCCUGGCAAGGAAUUUCAAUGGUGUUGAUGUUGAAUCCAACAACAAUAUCAUGGAGAAGAAUGGUGUUGAAAUGAAGGGAACCUCCUCUAUAAUUAAUUCAGAAUUAAAUGGAAGUAUGUCCAAAACUUCAAAGGCAGAGACAAGGAGACAUAGUUCAAGCAGGGAGGCCAUCAGCAACAAGUAUUCUGCUAUCAGACAGCAAAACAGACUAGCCUCUAAAUUGAAGGCAGAUGAGGAAAACUUAGAGUCUGCUAAGGUUUCCUUGCUUGAUCAAGGCAAUACUUAUACUGGUAAUAGUGGUGGAAGCUCAAGUUUGGUUUCAACAUGGCAGGCAAUGAAAACAGGCUUUAAGAGUUUCAAGGCCAACGUAGGGGACAAAGGGUUUUUACCCAUGCGGCAAACACAGGAAUAUAAGAGCUCUGGUGUUUCCUCGUCUGAGUCUGAGUCCCUUGAUGAUAUAUUUCAAAGACUGAAACGGCCUUCGUCUGACCAAUCACAAGGAUGAGGAUUAUUUAUUGGGGGCCAAUGUUUCUGGCCCUUCUAGAUGAUAUCCAUAGUUUGGGGAAGAAGUUGAACUGGGAAUGCAUGUGCAUACUACUAACAUGUAUAGUAAUGGGGAUGUCUUGCAUGCUGUCCUCACCUCCUCUCUCUCUCUCUCUCUCUCUCUCUCUCUCUCUCUCUCUCUGGUAGUUAAUAGGUAAUGUAAAGAUGGAAAGAUUGUCUGCUAUAAAGAAAUUAAUACAAGUUACAAAUCAAUCCCAUAGAAGGAAAUUAGAUGGU